CGUUCCGACCAGCCCAAAAAGGGUGUGAAUGUUUCUGAGUCCACCGCUCCAAAGSACUGUCGCAGCCAUUUUUAUUUUUAUUCGUAGUCAUCAAAGAAUUGACUCGAGCAUACACAAGCCAUGGGUGACGAACCUGUCAAAAGCGAAAUGAUAGAAAACAGCGAUUGUCCCACUCCCUCAACUUCUUCUAUAUCGGAUGACGAACAAGGGGAGGACGGAUCGUCUCUUUGUAGUUCUGACCAGCAAAGACCCGAAAGCGAUCAGAGCCCGGUGAACAACGACGACGAGGACAACGACAACAACAAAUAUUUCGAAGUGGGCGAUCACGUUUACAGCUGGUGCUCGUUUUUAGGGAUUCCUCGUGCYUACCAACACCAUGGCAUUGUSAUUGACCGAGAUUUGUCGAACGAGAUGGUGACAAUAUUGGAUUUUUCUUGUCUCGUAGACGGCAACGAGAAUCGGCUGUCUGCCGCCGGGAGCGGGAAAAUGAGAUCCUCCACCUCGUGGAGAUCUACCUCUGAAAUCCACGACGACGAGUUGGAACAAUCCGCGAUCUUGAGGGAAUACACGAUCGAYGAAUCCAUUGUGAAAACCGUGUGGAGGAAGGUUCGAUACGACGCGACCUUGAUGGAACGGUGGUUUUGGMGGGCGGGUACCGUAUCAAAGGCAACGCCAGAUCCGGUGGAGAUGGUUCUGGCACGGGCCGAAUUUCUGGCCCGGCAACACAAGGAGUCCUCCUCCUGYCUGCURUCCUCCUACGACUUGUUCCAGGCCAAUUGCGAGCACGUUGCGGUAUGGUGCAAAACGGGUCGGUUCUGCUCGUUGCAGCUUUCGUCGGUCAUGGCCGUCGGCACGGCSCUGGCAGCCGUGCCRACGGUGGCGGUUUCCCAGGCCACGACGACCAUUAGCGCCGCGGGCCUUUGGGGSUGGCUCGGUUAUACCACGACGGUGCCCCUUGCCGUCGCGGUGCCCUGGUUGAUCCCGGCUACCAUCCUGGGACCGGCGGCCGCCGCUGGAAAAACSGCGUUCGAUCGCAAGCGAUGGGAGCAGACCACCGAUGCKCUGAACAGCUCCUUUCGCGAGGACCAGUUGAUGCGCASCGGGGGAAAAUGCGUGGUGUAUCGGGCCGUUUCCAAUUCUACGAACGGUGCGCAGCUCUACGAGAAGAAGGCGUUUCCGAUGUAACGUUGCCAUUGUUCCAUUCCAGCCGCGAUGGAUGGAAAUCACACGAAGCGAAGCAAGGCAGAGGAAGCUCCGAAGCUCAACAUUUUUAGGUAAUUUAGGUCCUAGUAUCAGUAAGGCACGCGAACUCUCCUCGACCGAAGAAUGCUGUACACCGUUGGAACCAAUAGARCAGAUUAGUCCUCAACGUAAACAUCCCCACACAGGCUCCUCCUUGCCGAGAUAUAAUCAGUUUCUAACCUUAUUCACACUCUUCUCAUAUCCUAAAAAGAUUGUUUCAUGAYGAGAAGGAAUUCGACAAYAACAAAUUUGUGCUCAAUAAAAUAGUAAAUAAUAGUGUGUUAUUAUUCCUAGUAUGUUUACUAAAAUCAUUUUGCACUAAUACUAGAUCCUAGUAAGAGCAGAAGAAGUAGCGCCAGUGGUUUUACUUCAAUGUUGCCAAUUAUAGUACUAGUAGCUAGUACUAACACUAUCACCAUCAUUAGACCAUACUAAUACUCGUCCUCUGCUGUAAGAAGAACCAGCAUGAUUAUGCGCUCAAUCUUCUUGUUGUUGUUGCGAAUGACAAGAUUACUAUGCUGCUAGUACUAUUUCUAGUAGUAGUACUAGUACUAGGCUAGUAGUAGUACUAGUACUAGGCUAGUAGUAGUAGUAGUAGUAGUAGUAGUAGUAGUAGUAGUAGUAGUAGUAGUAUGACCUCCUUAUUUGUUGUUGUUGUUGUUGUUGUUGUUGUUGUUGUUUUCUUUGCAGCACUACUACUACUAGUAGUAGUACUACUCCAGCUCACACCACCAGUACUACUACUACUACUAGUACGUAGUAGUAUGAUGAUGGUAUGAUGGUUUGGUUUUCUGGUGAUCAUAGAAAAAAGUGGUGGAUUCUUGUUGUACUUCUUUGUAAGCAAAGGAGGUCAGAACUGUGAUACUUUUCUUAUCUUUCAUUUGACUCAUUCGACUCACCGAUAUGCGUCAACUCCCCUGUCGGUCGGCAUCAACGGUUUUCUCAUACUUUCGCAAUAGUACAUACCGGUAGGGUCUUCAGCCGCAUUUCGUGGCGAUUGCCGAACGCUUUUUCGGGUUUUUCCGUGGAACAGARCCCGCGUUUUGUUUCGCCACGGUACAGAGAAACGGGUUCUGAUUGUUUCCACGCUGGGCUCCGGGAAAAGAACCACCACGACGCAACGCAACGCAACGGAACGGAGUUUCGUGCGACUUGAUGCGGUGGGAUGCCACCCAACUCGCUUUCGAGAGGCUUCCCUCUGGGCCCGCGCCGCGUGUCCAACCGCCGAUUGUCCGGAGCCGAUCCACCGCGGUKGUUGGCGAAGGGCAUCUCUGUUCUCGUCGCCGGCGUUCGAUCCACACCGYAUUGCAUUCGAUGCCAGCAGCGUGGCAYGGUGGGGGAUGGGACGGAGCAAGCGGAGACUUCUAGCGUGCUGGUUCGCAACUCCGCACGGCAACCACGGCAACCACGGCAAGGACUGCAAGAACGCCUCGAGCGAUGGAUUCGGUGCCUCUGUCUCCUCCCAUUUUCGCGAGGAGACAAACGCCACGCAACCCCACGCCACGCAACACAGCAACACAGCAACACCCAACAAACACCCAACCCCAUCGACCAACCAUGGUGCGUUUCGCUCGAUUUCUCCCGGCUCUCUCCACCUUGUUGGCUUCUUGGAGCGUGCUGCUCGCGGCAGCCCCGUUCCCGGUGGUCGUUUCCGCGGCCGCCCCCAGAGUCUCCGUUGCCCUCGACAUCAACGGCGCCUUGGAUGCGAGAGAAGCCCGGGACGGCUAUUCCAGCGAGUUUGGCCUGGUCCGCAGCCACCGGAUCCGCGGGCACGGAGACCACCGCAACACCAGGCACGAGAACGAGAACGACGCCCGGGGCGUAGCGAUCGUGGCCGGGAAGAACCGAGCCCGGCACCUCCGACAACAGCAGCAGCAGAAGCAGCAACAUCAGCAGCAGCAGCAGCAUCAACAGCAGCAUCAAGAACAACGACAACGACGACGACGACGCCUCGCGCAGGAGAAGAAAAAGGCAAGGAGGGACGCCGGCGGCGGCGAGCCGAGCGACGGGUCGAGCGGUGGUUCGUCUGUUUCCCCGCCCCCCUCCGGCAAGCCGAGCCCCUCGGGCAGCGGUGGCAACAGCACCCAUGCUCCCACCGCCUCCCGGUCCCCCUCGGUUCCUCCCACCGCCACCCAGGCCCCCACGGGGGUUCCGAACCAAUCCCCCCUUCCGACCUCUUCUCCAACGGCAACCACGAGCGACCGGAAGGGCCCCUCGAACCGGGCAAAGAUCCCGGAGGUGCGGGGGCUCGACCCCCUCGGGGUCGUCCUCGCGGCCCUGCUGGGAGCGGCCGUCUUGCUCGGGGCCGCGGUCAGGUGCUGGUGCGGCUUCCGAGAGGCGCACAAGCGCCGGCAGAGGCAGCGGGGAGGGACGGCCCCUGCCGGUUCCGCGUCUGCUUCCGUCGCCGCCGCCACAGGCCCGGACGGCCCCGGGACGACGAACUACGAAGCGCUGGUGGCCUAGCGCCGCGCCGUCUCGGGGAAGCCCAGGGGAGGGAAGGAACGAACCAACACGAAGCCAUCGCUGCAAUCCAGUGCCGCAAGUGCCGCGCCACCGCCUAGAAGUACCAAGUAUGGUACAAAGUAUUCCGUCGCGGCAACGAGAGACACCUAUGAUGUUCAUGUACAGCAGAUUCGUCACUGCUUUCCUCCUUUGUGGACAAACACAACCAGAGUAAAACGUACACUAAACA